UUUAUUAGUUGCACUUUCUGUUGCCAUUGCUAUUCCACUCGAAAGAAGAACCACUAAAUUUGAUCAAUGUUAUACAUCUAAAAGUGUUAAUGCUACUAUUCUUGAUGUAAGAGUUUCACCAAAUCCGCCCACUAUAUUACUCUAUAUGUUUCUGGUUCCUAAUGUUAAUAAAGUUGGUGAUCUAUUUAAGGUGAUUUGCAAACAUAAGCCGAUACCAAAGAAAAAAUCCACAUCCUUUGAGUUAACUGUGUUUGCUUUAUUUCAAUAUACAACGUUGGGAUGCGCAAGACAUUCUUUUUAUUUUUAA